UGCAAUUUGUACAAAAAAAUAGUGUAGAUGUUAUGCUGACUCCACUUUCUCGUGAUCUCUCUCUCUCAGCAAAAUCUCUCUACAGCUACAGCAGCUCAAGAUAAACCAGUAUUACUAGUAUCAGCACCCCUUUUCACCAGUUUAUGACUUGAAUUUGCUUCUGUUCAGCUAUGGAGAUUUCAAAUCUCUUGAUCAAACCUCGCUUCCCUCACUAUUAUCUCUCCUUUUCUGGAAUUAAAUCCAAUAUCAGGGAGCUCUACAGCCUACCAUGUUCAAGUAUAAAUCAUUUACGUUGCAGUGGGAAGGCAGAGCUUUAUCCGGUACCCUUUGGAAAAGCUUCACGUUCACACUUACUGAAGACAUGUCAUGUUAAGAGCGAGGACUCAGAGGGGACUUUGACUGGUGAAAGCAUUAUAAUGAAUAAGCAGAGCUUAGAGCGUGAACUACAGAAUGCUAUUGAUGAGGAGAACUAUGCACGUGCAGCGAAAAUCAGGGACAGCCUCCGUAAUCUCCAGGAAGAUAGCAAGGCUUCAGUACUAGCAGCCAAUGCUCAAUUUUACAAUUCGUUCAGGAACGGUGAUCUGGUUACAAUGCAAGCACUGUGGUCAAAAGGGGAUAAUGUUUGCGUUGUACACCCUGGUGUGAGUGGCAUAUCUGGAUAUGACCUUGUAAUGGGAAGCUGGGAAUUUGUUUGGGCAGAUUAUGAGUUUCCACUGCAGAUUGAGGUUAAAGAUGUCCAGGUUAAUGUCAGAGGUGAUCUCGGGUAUGUAACCUGCAUUGAAAUGGUCAAGACAAAGGGCAAAAGCUGGGGUAGGCAGUUUGCUACUAAUGUGUUUGAGAAGAUCAAUGGUCAAUGGUUUAUGUGUAUUCAUCAUGCAUCAUAUGUGGACUUAUAAAUUAAAGUACUAGUAGAAAAGACAUCUUCAUGUAGCACCUUAUAUUGUAUCCAACACUUUGUAAGCUUGUUGUAAUUUUGAAUGUACUCCCAGCUUCCCUUGGCAAA